AUGUGGCUCAUCAAAAAUGAUCGGACACGUUUUUCAACUGCAUACCUUUCUCGUCGUUCGAUUCUGACCAGCCUCUGCACAUGUACAGUGAUUUGGUUUAUCAUCUCUCAAUCGAAAUCAUGGCCGAAGUCUCCAACAAAACUAGAUCAAUUCCUGACUUCAAGUCUAUGUGGCCGUCUUAUUCGUUAUCCGAAUACAGUUCUAAAUCCAGGCGAAUUAGAGCAACUAGAAAAUGAAGCGUUGAAGUAUUUAUCAUAUCCAAAGGAUUGCCGUUUCUUUAAACGUGGAUCGACGCCUUCGAUGGAAGAAUUAACCUAUCCGUUAGCGUUUACCAUCAUGAUCUAUUCGAAUCUCGAUCAGUUCGAGUUUCUAUUACAAACAAUCUAUCGAAAAUCGAACUACUAUUGUAUACAUGUGGAUUUGAAAGCACCUAUUGCACUCUAUCAAACCAUUCAGGAACGUGUGGCAUGCGUUACCAAUAUUUUCUUGCCGAAGCAACGUGUUAAUGUAACAUGGGGUCAAUUUUCAGUGUUAGAAGCGGAACAUUUGUGUCAAAAAGAGCUACUUCAACAAGGAAAGUCAUGGAAAUAUUAUUUUAAUUUAGCUAAUUCCGACAUUCCUCUAAAAACGAAUACCGAGCUAAUUCAAAUCUUGAAAUUAUACAACAAUCAAAAUGAUGUUACUUCGUUACCUUAUCGCUCUCAGCUUCGCCAAAAAAGUUCACUUGGUUUGUCCAAUCGAACGCUACCACCAUCGAUUAAACUCCCAUUCUACAAAGGUGAAUUUCAUGUUCUACUAACACGUGAAGCUAUAGACUUUAUUCACAUGAAUGAACGUGCGAAGGACUUGUACAAUUUUCUUAAUGGAACGAUCGUACCUGAUGAACAUUAUUAUUCAAUGAUUAAUCGUUGGAAAGAAACGCCAAGUUAUUUCUCCCAAGAUCAUGACCUUAGUCAAAUAUCAUUCAUGACGAGGUAUAAAAUAUGGGCGGAUCGACCAGAACGAGCGCUUUGUCGAGGUGGUUUUACUCGUACAAUAUGUGUUUUUAAUCACGAAGAUCUUUGGCAUUUAGCUACCAGUCCUCAUCUAUUUGCCAAUAAAAUCUUUUUUCAACGGGAUCGAUCAGUUGCGUAUUGUAUGGGGCAAUAUUUAGAUGUACGCGAUAGAAUGAGAUCUGAAGAAAAGUUUUCGAUGAUCAAUGAAGAUUUUUAUCGACGACUGAAUAAUGUUGCGUUCGGAAAAAGACGUUGA